CAAAAAGUUUUGAAUAUUCUUCUAGUACUGAAAAAAUAAGUUAAAUUUCACAUAAAAUGUUAAAAAAAUCAUCAAUAUUGCCAAUAUUUAUUUUGACAAUUUUAAUAUCUGCAGCAUCAGCUUUGAAUUUUAAUAUAACAAAUCUCAGUAAUUGCGCUGAUAUUCCCCUCGAUUAUACUCAAGAUGCUGAAAUCGAAGUUGCGGACGUGAGUUAUGAGGCAAAUGAGAAAGGAUUUUUUGACACUUUACAUGGAAAAUAUUUAGUUCAUGUCCAUCAAAUCGAUCAUAUUGACAUAGAACUAGUAAUCACAUUUUAUAAAUGUCCUGUGGGUACAAUUGGUCCAUGUAAAGAUGUUUUAAAGGAAUAUAUUGAAGCGAUUACUUGCAAGAGAUUUUUGGAAGACAAAAGUGGACCUUGGUAUGUCUUUGCACCAGCUAUGGAUAACAAAAAUUUAUGUGCAAAACUCGUUGGAACUUAUCAAUUUACAAAAGCACAUUUGAAUGGAACUUAUAUUGAAAAUUAUAUGACAAUUGAGGAAGGACAUUAUAGGAUUCGAAUGUUGAAUCAUGUUCCAGGAAAAGACAUGGAUAUUCGAAAUCUUCGUGGUUGUGUUGAACUUGAUUUCGACAUAAUGUGAUUUAUUAUAUCUUUUAAUAUUUUAAAAGCAAUUUAUGAUGACUUGAAUAUUCUAUUUGUUAG